AUGCAAUGCAUAUGCCCUCUUGAAAAUAAAUUUUUUACAAAGGAAAUAAAAAAUAACAAAGAAAUCGUUAAACAUCUUAAAAAAUGCCCAUUGUUCUUAAAAAAUUUAUAUUAUCAUUACAGUCCAUUUUAUUUUCCUCAUAUAAAUGAUAGUAUAUAUGGAUUAACAGAAAAAAUUAAUGAAAAUAGAGAAAAGAGUUUUAUAUUAUAUACAGAAAUAGAAAAUGUGCUAUAUGAAUAUUACAAGUUUUUCAAUGAUAUAAUAUUAGAUAUACUUAUAAAAAAAGAUAUAAAUAUAAAUACAUAUGAAUUAUUUAUAAAAUUAAAAUAUGAAAUAUUAUUAAAAUGGUUUUUAAAAUAUGGUAGUGAAGGUUUAUUGGUGAAAAUACAAGAUAAUGAAUCUUUAAAAAAAAUUAAAAAAAAAAUAAAUUUGGAAAAAUUAAAUGAUUCACAUAAUAUAAGUUUAGAAUAUAUAGAAAAUUUUUUAAAUUAUUAUAUUGAAAAUAUAAAUAAUCAAAUCGUAAAAGCACGAGGCCUAUCGUUAAUUUAUAAUGACGAAUCAGACAAAAGAAAUGGCGAACCAUUCGAUUUACCAAAGGGUUAUAUGCAACCCAUUUUAAGCUUGAAAUAUAUAACAAGUAUUCAUAAUUAUGAAAUAUGUAAAAGAAUUGUAAAUUUCAUAAACACGGCUAUAUUUUUAGAAGAUGUAAAAGAAGGCAUGCUUCCAUCUGAAAAUAAUGGAAAAGAUUAUACUAGAAUAUACAACAAAGAUGAAAUAUUUAGCUUAGUUAUUUAUUUAUCUAUAUAUUUAUGUUGUAAAACAAGUAUUAAAAAAAGAAUUAAAAAUAAUAAUUUAUUUGGUAAAAAAAAAGAAGAGGAUUCAUCUUUACAUAAAUCUAUCCACUUUCUUUUGAAAAAUAUAAAUAAACAUGAUAUACAAAAUAUUAAUAUAGUAUUUAUCUUUUUAUAUUUUAACAAAUCAUUUUAUGAUCAUUUUGAAUCCUUAAUUAAUAACAGAGAUAUAUUUUAUAAUCAGGAAAAUAUUCAAACAAAUUUGUUUAUAGAGUUAGGGGCCGGAAAGGGAAGUACAACUCGAUGGGUUCAUUUUAUUAUGAACAACUUAGUAAAUAUUUUAGAAUUAUAUUUUAAGAAACUUUAUCAAAGCUCUUUUGAUUCUACUAAAAAAAUAUCCGAUAAUUCUGUUCAGACACCUGGAGUUUCAGAUCCAACUGUCCAAUCAACUGUCCAAUCAACUUCCCAAUUAAAUAACACCAAACGAUCCAGUAGAAUCCAUUCUCAAAAUCACAAAAAAAAUAAAUGCAAAAUUUUGAUUAUAGAAAGAGAAGCGUAUAGAAAUAAAAAAGAAAAAAAAGGAAUUUUUAUGGAAAUGGAAAAUGGUAUUCAAAAUAUUAUAAGAAUAAAAUCAGAUGUUGGUGAUUUUAAUUUAUUCCGGCUUAUAAAUUUUUUGAAAAAUAAAAAUCAAGAAAAAGAAACUCGAUACAUAGUUCCAGAUAUAAUUCAAUAUUAUUAUUACAAUGGUGUGUAUAAAAGAAUCAAUAAACCUGAGUUUGUAGAAAAUUCAAAAUCUGAGAAAAAUUUAAGCAUGAUAGAUAUUGGACAAAACGAACAAACAAAAGUUAUUGACAUAAAAAAUGAAGAAACUAUAUCUAUUACUAAAACACAUUUCAUACAUUCAGACAAUAUUUUAAUAAAAAAUCUAAAUUUUAUAGAGCAGUAUUUUGAUGUCCAUGUUCAAAAGUUAUUAUCAUUUCUUUCACAAGGAAAUAACAAUAUUUUCAGGGUAUAUAAUAAUAUGGAAUUGUUUUGUGGGGAUUUUAAAUGUCAAAGCAUUUCAUUUUUAACAAAACAUUUGUGUGGGAAUGGGACAGAUUUAGCUCUAAGGAUGUUAAUAAAUAAUAUUAAAAGCAAUUCCACAGAAAAUUAUUUUAUCAUAUCCACAUGUUGUCAUCAUAAAUGUGAAAUUGAUAAAAUUUUAGGGAUCAAAUAUUUAAAAGACCUUAAAAUUGAUACAAAAUAUUUUCAGCAUAUUAUUCAUCAUAUAUCGGGAUACGCUUCUUGCGCAAAUAAAGAAAAAAGACGAGUUGGGAAAAAAAUAAAAUUACUAAUCGAUUUAAUUCGAAUACGAUAUCUUAUUUGCCAAGGGUUAAAGAAUACCCAUUUAAUCAAAUAUGUAAAUCAGUCUAUUACCAUAGAAAAACAUGCUAUCUUAUUUUUUAACAACAAUCAGUUGGAUCUUAGAGGAUUUAAAUCGUAUUAG